ACGAGAACGACAACACAGCAGGAUCCGGCCCAACUGAACCAGAGGCGUCCUCCUCCUCCGGCGCUGGACGACGCCACGUCGAGCGCCCAACCCCACCUCCUUGCUUACCUCCGCGACCGCACCAAUGGCGUCGCCGACGGCUUCUCCCCACUUGCCCCUCGCCUCGGCCUCCGCCCGCUCCUCCUCCUUCCCCAAGCGCUCCCUCCGCUCCUCGUGCUUGCCCCCGCGCCGCGGGCCCAGCCUCCGGGCGGGCUCCGUCAAGGAGUGGCGCGAGUUCGAGGACGAGGCGGGCGCCGUGAAGGAGUGGCGGGAGUUCGAGGACGCCGUCAGGAGGAAGGACCUCUCCCGCGCGCUCCGCUUCCUGCAGUCCGUGGAGCCCGCGGCUGCUGCGGCGGCGGGAACCGCCGCGACGCAGGUCGUCGCGGUGCCCGUGCCGCCGGGUCGGAACUGGGAGGUGCUCGACGCCUGCAUCGACGCCGACGACAUGCGCCUCGUCGGCCGGGCCUACCAGUUCCUCGUUGACCGUGGGGUACUCGCCAACUUCGGCAAGUGCAAGAACAUCGUUCUAGAAGGACCAAGAGAAGUGACACCAUCAGUUUUGAAGGAGAUGACAGGGUUGGAAGCUGAAAAGCUUGCACCAAAGAAAUGGGGUCUAUCAGGAAGCUCUCCAUAUGUUCUCAUUGGAUUUCUUGGAGGUGUAUCUUUUCUGCUAACUCAAGGGAUUGAUCUACGGCCUAAAUUGGGCGCUGUAUUGGCGUUAGCAACAACUGAUGCAAUCUUCCUUGGUGGUACUUGUCUCGCGCAAAUCUCAUCUUUCUGGCCUCCAUACAAGCGCCGAAUACUUGUACAUGAAGCAGGCCAUCUUCUUACUGCCUAUCUAAUGGGUUGCCCGAUACGAGGAGUCAUUUUGGAUCCAUUUGUGGCAUUGCGAAUGGGCAUUCAGGGCCAGGCAGGGACUCAGUUCUGGGAUGAAAAGAUGGAAAAAGAACUUGCUGACGGGCAUCUAUCAAGUACGGCAUUUGACAGGUACUCCAUGAUUCUGUUUGCCGGAAUUGCUGCUGAAGCACUUGUUUAUGGGGAGGCAGAAGGUGGAGAAAAUGAUGAGAAUCUGUUCAGGAGUUUGUGUCUUCUACUGAACCCACCGCCUUCUGUUGCACAGAUGGCGAACCGAGCUCGUUGGUCAGUCAUGCAAUCUUACAACCUUUUGAAGUGGCACAAGAAAGCGCAUAGAGCAGUGGUCAAAGCUCUGGAAGAUGGACACAGCCUCAGCGUCGUAAUCAGAAGGAUAGAAGAAACCAUUGCCUCUGACAGAUAAUGCGACAAAUUGAUCGUGUGUUCCUGUUAACCAAGGUUUCCUCGUCAGAUUACUCAAGAUGCUGUUGCAAUUUCGUUCCUUGAUAGCCUCACAGGAAAGAUCGGUCCGCGUAGAAACAACAAUGCUAUUGAAAGCAAGGCGUACAACCCUCGAGGUGGGUUAAGGAGGCCAAAGCAUCUGAGGGGCCAACGAGAUCAACUGAUACGCUGGAGAUUUGAAGGAACCCACCCAAGCCCAUUUUAACAUGUGAUUAGUAUGUGGCAGAUAUAAUAAAUGUACAUAUGACAUAUUGAUUCUUGAUGAAUGUAUAUGAAUAUAGGUAGGAUGAGAAAUUGGUGAACAACGAAGCGGAGAAACAACAGCAGCCAGGAUUUUUCCUUCCAGUUACAAACAGAGGGGUGCAUUUGUCAAAGGAAGCCAACGGCACUCUGUUCUCUGGAUUGUUGCAAAGACAUUUUAUGAUUGUGCAGUCUGAUAAAAACAGUUAAUGUACGUACAGUAUCUGGCUGGUUGGCCAUUCGUGUUAUUGAUGAGAAUCCAUGACAUGUGC